AUGCGCCAACCAAGAAGUUUUGCGGGAGCCGUUCGGCUUUUUUCCCUUCGACAAUUAAACUCCGAUAACCCCGGCCAAACUGCUUUCAUUGCUGAGUCUGGCCCAGUGACUUUGACAUCUACCAAUCGAUACUCCAAUAUUCAGCGUCUCUCUCGCUUCUGGAUCCCUACUGUUGGCGCCGAAAGAUCUAAAGACGCCAAAGAUGAAUCCCAUGAGCUUCUCAUCAGAGCAGGCUAUUUGAGACAAGCCCACGCUGGCAUUUUCCAUAUGCUGCCGCUGGGCAACCGUGUACAACAAAAACUCGAAGCCUUAAUUGACAAGCACAUGGAGAGCAUAGGUGCUGCCAAAGUAUCUCUGGCUACCAUCUCCUCAGAGGAUCUCUGGAAGAAGACUGGCAGAUUCGUGGGCCAUGGCGGCGAAUUGUUCGGUUUCAACGACAGAAAAGAUGCAAAGUUCUUAUUAUCUCCAACGCAUGAGGAAGAAAUCACAUCUCUGGUCGCAAGCACUGUUCAAUCUUACAAGGAUCUUCCUCUCCGACUCUACCAAAUUGGACGCAAAUUCAGAGAUGAGGCUCGUCCUCGACAAGGUCUUUUACGUGGUCGAGAGUUCACCAUGAAAGACCUCUACACCUUUGAUAUCACCGAACAACAAGCACGACAAACCUACGAGGAAGUACGACUAGCAUACAGGGCUUUCCUCGAUGAGCUCAAAUUACCCUAUCUGGUUGCUGAAGCGGAUUCUGGAAACAUCGGUGGCACAUUGAGUCAUGAAUACCAUUUUGUCUCGGCAAAGGGUGAGGACAAUGUUAUCAGCUGUGGCUCAUGUGGCUACACCAUCAACGACGAACUCGCCAUCACCUCGAUCGAUCAACCAGAACAAGUGCCCAUCGAACACAAGAAAGACCUUUCUCGCUGGACUGGCAUUACCAAAGAUCGCAACAGCCUCGUUGUCGCAUGGUUCCCAACUACCACACAACAAUCCUUUGGAGAUGAUAACACCAAGAACGAAAUCAAUCCAAAUGUUAUGAAAGCGCUCGUUCCAGAUGUCGACCUCUCAGUUGAAAAUCCACUGGAAAUCUGGGACAAAGCCAAUCCGCGUCAAGAGACUGGCUCUCGUCCAUCUUCAGCCCAAAUCAUCGAAAUAAACGACGAACGACUUCCUGUCAAUAACUCAACCUGCGCCGAUAUCCAACAAAAACUCCAGCCACGCGAGCUCCUCCUUCCCUCGGGUAAAUUCAACAGCGUGCAAUUCCAAUUACGACCGAGAAAGAACGGAAAGUCGAUGCAACUCACUCGUACACUAACAGGCGAUCCCUGCCAGAAGUGCGGUGAUGGCAAAGUCACCGUCAGCCGCGCGAUAGAGGUUGGCCAUACAUUCCACCUCAGCACGCGAUAUUCGUUGCCUCUUUCGGCUACGUUUGUCGACAGCAACGACGUGCGCCAGACGAUCGAGAUGGGCUGCCACGGCAUUGGUGUCUCGCGUCUUGUGGGUGCGAUCGCGAGUAUGCUGUCUGAUGCCAAGGGGUUGAACUGGCCUGCUGCUAUUGCACCAUUCUCUGCUGUUGUUGUUCCUGCAAACGGCAAUGAGGAUGCUGCUGAGGAUGUCACCAAGAAGCUUGUGUUGAGUGGCUUCGAUGCCGUGUUGGAUGAUCGCAAGAAAUCUAUGGGUUGGAAGUUGAACGAUGCAGAUUUGGUGGGAUACCCGUUGAUUGUCGUAUUGGGAAGAGCAUGGAAGACAGAGGGUAAAGUGGAGGUGCAGUGUAGACGGCUAGGUAUCAAAGAAGAAGUGCAAUGUGGUGGCGAUGUCUCAAGUGCUCUUGAACAGAGGCUUCAGAAUCUCCUAACGCAGCUGUAG